AUGGCGCCCAUACCAGGGGUGAUCCGCGAAGAAGUUCAAUUUACGAACCAGUACCGCACAGACUGGGUAGGCUACAGCCCGUACACCAAGACUAAUGACAUGCGCACUAGCUACAGUAAGCUGGCAAACAUCUCUCACGAGCUCCAUGAUAAGUCAGUGGUUAUUGCCAGCGUUCUUUUUGCGAUUAUUGUGGUGGGCAUCAUUUCCCACUUUUGCUGGGGAAGACACAGGUAUCCGCGACAAAACGUACCUACCGAGGAUAAGAUGAAAACAGAGGGCUCUGAGUAUCUGGAUACAAUUGAGGAACCCCGCUCAGAUGGCUGGAUGUGUUUCAUUCUGGCCUGCCACGCUGCCAUUACCCUCGGUGCUGUCUGA